AUGAGUUCUGGUUAUGAAGAUUGUAAAUGCGGAAAACCAAGAACCGACAAUAAGUGGUGCCAAUCGUGUAGUUCAGAUUUUUUUAAAAAACAAUUCGGCAAGUGGACAAGCGGUAAUGAAGCCGUUGAUAAAUUUAUCCAAAAUAUUCAACUUGUUGCAAAGAGUAGUGAUCAAGUAUUAGAAUGGGUUUCAUUUGAAAAAGAAAUUUUUGAAGUUGAGCAUCUUGCUGUUGGCGGUUAUGGGACCGUAUAUAAAGCUAAAUGGAGGAGCGGUCCUAUUAAAUAUUAUGACGUUUCUACUCAAGUUUUGUUCAGAUCUGACAAGCUUGGCGGGACCGAUAUUAUCCUUAAAGGCUUAAAAGAUUCAAAGGACGUGAAUGAAGAAUUUUUUGAAGAGAUUAAAAAUCAAAUGACCUCAUUUGUAACGCUUGGCUACAUUAUUAAAUGUUAUGGAGUUACCAAAUGUCCAUAUUCCGAUAAUUAUAUGAUGAUUAUGGAAUACAAAGAAGAUGGUAGUCUUCGGAAUUAUUUAGAUAAGAACUUCCGAUGUCUAAAAUGGUCUCAAAAACUAGAGCUUUUAUACACUAUAAGUGAAGGUCGCCCACCUAUUUACAGAAACAUAACUCCAAAGAUCAUUAUUGAUUUAAUUGAUAGUUGCUGGGAUGAAAACCCAAAAUAUCGACCAAAGGCUAUUGAUUUGCGUAAUAAGCUUUCUAAAUACAAAAGAACAUGUAUUGAAAUUGACGAAAAUCAGAAUUUUGAAAUAACUCCAACAGAAGCCCCUUUAAAUUACAAGACAUCUGAACAGGCAAGCUAUAUUAGUAGACUAUUGCCAACGUGCAAGAUUAAUCAAUAA